AUGGAUCUCAACCAGGGGAAUUUUGACAGCCAAGUCUUGGAUGACAAUCCUACUCAUCAUGAAGCCACAGACACUUUUGAUGUCCUUGAAUGCCAUCAAACGAAAAAUGGACAAUGCAAAGCUCCCUCCCCGACUCAUUUAGCACACAUCCAUUCUUCUCAUGAACACAGGUCUACCCAUCCACGUGAGACUGGCUCAAAGUCUCAUCAGCAUUCACCCAGUCAUGGAUCUCGUCGCCCCUUCCUCGAACAAGCAUACACUUCUUCCUCUUCCAUGCACUUGACCCAUGGACACGCACCUCACAGAGCACCAUCUGAAAAAAUCACAUCAACCCACAUGCAGCCAGAUAGACUACCUGCACACCUCUCUGUUACUCAUUCAAAGUCCCCUCAACACUUACCUUGUUCUUCCUUCUUCCGCAAACUGUCUCCUUGUCCGUGCUCUCCAACUCAGUCUAUAGUUUCUUUCAGUCACAAACUGCCCUCCUCUCGUGGACAGUCUUUGGCACAGUCUCUGCCCAGGCAUUCUGCUCAGCCAGAUCAGACACCUUCUCCUGCUCCUAGUUCAAACCGAUCUCACUCUCGUAGGGCCACACCUGUUCAAUGCAGCAAAUCCGGAGAUGGUGCAUGGUGUACCAUCCAACAAGGUAAUCCCUCAAAGCUCAGCUUCUAUUCAGCAUCUUGGCAAGCUUUCCUGCAGGAAGUGAAGUUGGGAAUGUGGUUGCAGGGAGUUUUAUUGCAUCCUCUUCCAGCUCAUCAGGAUGCGGUAUCACUGGUACAAGAAGUUUUGGAUACCAUAUUAUGGACAUACCACAUUAAAAAGCUGAAGCUUGACAAUGGUUAUUUCCCAGAGUAUAAAAUGCCGAUGCCACAACUGCUCUGUGAUGACCUGUUCACCUUUUGUAUGGAGCUCAAAAAAAUUGUGAUAUUUAUUGCGAAGCAAUUAUACGGUAUAUUCUUAAAGGGCAACUCAAUGCACAAGGAGCAUGUCAGGGAAGCAGCAGCUAAGCUCCUGAAGACCAGUGAAUAUCUUCGGCUCCCUGACUCUUCUGAGGGAAAAUAUACCAAUUUUGUGUCACAAGUCCUCAAGGAAGCCUACCUCAGUUUUUACUAUGGCAAUGGUAAAAAAGCACUCAAACUAACUGAUGAAUUUCAACGCAAAAUUUUUGUCAACAGCCUUAUUCUGGUGGCCAUGAUGAAGGGUGUUCUCUCCAGCUUCCACAACAGUGGUACUGACAAGGUGCCUGACCUUACCACUGACAUGUGCAGGGCUGACUUCAACACACUGCAAAAGUCUAUCAACAAGUUGAUGGUCAUUCCCAAGUGGCAUGUUGAGCUUGAAGAGAUGCUGAGGGAAUAG